ACGGCAAUCCUACACACGACACCGUCGAGAAUGGAAGUGCGAGUGCUGUCGCUUCAAAACAGUUUAUCAAAUCGGUACAAAAGUGCGACAAGUAGUGAAAUUUCUAUUCAGGUUUUUUACGCUAGAUUAAAAUAGCUUCACAUUGCUGAUCAAUAGCCUAACAGUGUGUAAUGUUGAGCAGAAAACAAUCAUAUCACGGAGAGAUAAGGAAAAUACUGAACAGAUAAUAACCUAUUUGCGUAACAACAGAAUAGAUGAGUGCCUGUGAAAAGUGUCACGGAAACCAGCGGACUGUGAUUCGACGCUGAAGACAGCCACAAACGGUGAAACGUCAAAUAGAAAUUACAAAAUAGCUCUCAUUAUUCCAUUCCGACCACUGAAGAAAGUGCACAAACGAACCGAGAGUAAAAACGUUGAACAAAUAUUGUGUAUGCUAAUAAUCGUUGUCCUGAUUAGUGGGUGUACAGCACGAUAAGUCACAUCGAGCGACAGACGGACAAAGCAGGCUUUGUGUACACAAUAAAGACGAUUCACCCUACAGUAAAACUUGAUAACGAGCGCAGAUAUAGAAACUGUCAUCUGUGGAAAGGUGUUAAACAACCAAACCCCGUACAAAAUGUGGUGCUUGAUUAAUUUGCCUAAUGGCACUACUUCCGGGGUACAGUGUGACCCUAAAAGAAAUAGUCAGGAGUGUCUGGAAAAGGUUUGCAGUGACCUUGGAAUCAUUUGUGAAACCGACUACUUCGGAUUGAUUCCGGUCCGCGACGGGGACAGUGCAGAGGUUGACGAGUGCAGUGCGAAGCAGUGGAUCAAUCUGCGGAACCCACUGAGUCUGCAUGCGAAUGAUCGCAAUCAUCCGAUUCUGCUAUCGCUGCGAGUGAAGUUCUGGGUGCCGGCGCACUUGAUCCUGCAGGAUAGCGUCCGCCGGUUGUUCUACAUGCAGGCACGCCAGGAGCUGCUGGAUGGGCAUAUGAGUGCUGCAAGCUGGACAAAUGCCGCACACAUAUCCGCACUGUUACUUCAAGCCGAUGGCUUCAGUUAUGAUCCCGAAAAGGUAACCGCCGAUCUGAUUCCUACGCCCUCAAUCAACCGUCGGCAAUCGCGACGACCUUCGAAGCGAAAGUGCUCCGAAACGGAAACCAAGCGGGCCAGCAUCUCUCAAACAGGAACCGUUGAUGAGUUGGAAGAAGAAACGAAACCAAAGAACAUUUACCAGAGCUAUAUUGUGAAACCGACAUUCGAGGAUGUCGAACCGGAACCAAUGCCGGAAAACUUCAUCGAGAUGAUCGCCAAGGAGCAUGAAACUCUUACCAAAAUCCGAAUGUCUCCGUCUUCUGCCCAGUACUGGCUGCUAGAGGAGAUUUCUUCACUCAACGGGUACGGAGAGGAAGUCUUUGACGGCAUGACUAUUAGUGAACCAUCGGUACAGUGCAAAAUUGGCGUCAGUCCGCAUGGCCUGUCAAUCUCAAAAGAGGAAGAAAAAUACAAUAUUCCUUUUACGGCCGUGAAAGCAGCGAAAUCGAUCAAACGAUCGUUCCGGCUUAGCUACGUCAACGAAGAACACGAGGAGACGAGUGUCGAGUUGAAGCUACCGAAUCACCGCACGGCGGCUUCACUCUAUCGGGCCAUCACAGAGAAGCAUGUGUUCUACUCGUGCGAGACAGUCCGGCCCGUCGUUACCACUCAAUUUAUCCGCGAUCUCAAAGGAACGAUUGUCUCCAUGUUUAACGAAGAUACCGAACUGGGCAAGCGGUAUGUUUUCGAUAUUCAGCGAACCUGUCGCGAGGUGUACGAUAACUCGCGUCGAAUUUUGCAUGCUCGUGGAAUCGAGAUCAGUAAGGUGCAGCUGCAUUGUCCCCGGGUGCAAGCCGAAGAACUCGAUCAGAGGCUUGCCGAGGAAGCGGAAGAGAACAGCAAGCUGGACAGGUUAGUUGAGGAACGAAUCGUCGAGGCGGUUACCUGCAUAAUUUGCGCCGAUAAUAUCAUGGACACGAUAUUUCUGCCUUGCGGACAUAUCACAGCUUGUCGUCAGUGCGCAGAACAAUGUGAUCGCUGCCCACUUUGCCGGGCCGAUAUUGACUGUGUGAACAAGGCAUUUUUUCCGCAAGUUCUACGAACUAAGAAUGAGUUAGCUUCGGUUCAGUAAAUUCACGCAGUAGUCACAUUACCAGUAAUCUAUAAGGUCUUAAAAACGUAUCUAACCUCUCUGAUUAAAUACCGCUAAUUGAUACCACGAGCUAUGCCACUAGAGCGUUUAUCGCUAACGAUUGCAAGUUUGACAAAAAAUUAAAUUAGUUUUUUGUUGAUUUCCGUUACAAACUACGCAAAAACAAACAAAAAAUGAAAAGGUGAUAUUUACUUUUAGUUAGGUUUAUUUGUGCCUACAAAGGCAAUAAAAUACAGAAAAUGCAACAGAACCAUAAUAUCAAUAUCACGAAUAGUAGUCAUAUAUCAAUGCAAUUAAUUAGUAUCAAGUGAUCGGAAUGUUUGCUUAAUGCGAGUACUGUUAGGAGAAAGUAUUUUCCGUUGAGUAUUUUUUGUAUACCAUGAGUUUUACUUAUUAGACAUCCCAAUGUCGAUUAUUCAUCAUUGUAUGAUAUGUACGUGUAAGAUAACAUUAUCAAUGAAGCUGAGAAACAAUUUUAAAUUGUUGUUAAUAAACAAAAA